AUGUCCAAGGAGGCCGUUAUAUGUUCUUAUGCUUCUCACAAGUUAUUUUCAGAAUAUAUGGCUUCAUUAAAAUUGGUACUGGAGUUAGAGUUGAAGAAGAAACCUGCAAUUGACGAGGAGAACACAGAGAUGGAUCAUAAGAUAUGGAGCAGGCUUCCACAAGAGUUGUUACUGUUGGUUUUGGCUAAGCUGCCAACCCUCGUCCUUGCAAAAUUUAGAGUUAUUUGUAAACAAUGGAAGUUUCUUCUUUCACCACCAGCCAAUAAUUUCAAAAGAAUUUCAUUUGCUGAUAUUUCUUUCAACACCACUUCUCGUAUGUACAGGCUCUCAUUAGAUUUUCUGGGAGCUCUUAAUGGCAGUGUGAUGACUAGUUGCAAGAGUCUCCUCUGUUAUUCUUGUUAUGACAAGGGAGCCCCAGAUGCACCAUCUUUAUUUUACAUAUGCAAUCCUGUCACCAGGACAUGGAAAAUGCUGCCCCCUCUUGUUGAGCUUAGAUCAAGACAAGAUUUCAUUGGUCUAGCUUUUGAUUCCUUCAGAAAGACAUUUUUGUUAAUAACAGGGGAAUAUAUGAGACAUGAAAACCAGAACACUGUGGUUAUGGAGAUGUAUGAUUCAGAAACUGAUUCAUGGAGCAAAUUGGAGAUUAAUACACCCAUAUCACUUUUCCCCACAGGGGAAGGUGUGUAUUCCAGAGGAAGGUUUUAUUGGAUUAAUCAAACUAUAGUUGGAUCCAUGCUUAGGCUUGAUGUUGCAGCAUUUAAUGUAGCAGAGAGAAGCUGGGAUGUUAUCAAUCAACCUGAACACUUUUGUUAUGGGAAGUUAACUGGGUAUGAUGGGAAUGUGAUUCUAGUGGAUAAUAAGGAUCUCUCCUUAUGGAAGUUGAAUGAAGAUGUUAAGGAAAAAGAGUAUAGCUGGUUAGAAUUUGAGGUAUUCCCAAGGAACUUAUAUGAGGAAUUUGGACUGAAAAAGGAAAAUGUUGUCAAUGAAUUUAGCAGGCAGAGAAAUCCACAAGUUGGAUUGAGUUACAAUCAUUCACAAGUGGUGGUUAAUAGUUGUGGGUGGAUUCUGAUACACCUUUACCAAAAGAAGCUGGUUGUGGUUGACGCAGAGGGAAGAACGAUGAGAAGCAUUGAAGGUAAAUUACUGACCCUAUUUGAACAAGCCGCUUCUCCAUUACCACUUCAUGGUUAUGAAGUUAACAAUGUUUGGUGGCCUUAA